CUCACGGUGGUUUUCUUAUUUCGAAUUUUCUAAAAACUUCAAAAACGUUGCGACCAAGUGACAGUGUUACCAUCGUUGAAAAUUUAAGUUGUGAUUUAGUAUUUAAUUUUAAAGCACCAGAAAUGACUCUCGAACAGCCAGCCGGUGAGAUGUGGAAGAAGAUUAGGGAGGAACUAAAUGAGAAUGUUGACACAAGGGACAAGGACCUGGAGCAUAUCAAGGAGUGGCUGAAGAAGGAGCCACAUCUACCUGACGAAUUCGAUGACCAGCGUAUAAUGACCUUCCUGCGUGGUUGCAAAUUCUCUUUGGAAAAGACCAAACGUAAGCUGGACAUGUACUUUACCAUGAGGACGGCUGUGCCCGAAUUCUUCACUAACCGCGAUGUUACUUUACCAGAGCUCCAGGAGAUAUUAAAGAUUGUUCAAAUGCCACCAUUGCCGGGUUUGACUCCCGACGGUCGGCGUGUUGUGUUAAUGAGAGGUAUGGACAAGGACGCCCAAACCCCAAAUGUAGCAGAUGCCUUCAAAUUAGCUUUGAUGAUGGGAGAUAUGAGGUUGAAGGAGGAGACCGAGGGAGUCGCUGGCGACAUAUAUGUUCUUGAUGCAUCAGUAGCCACGCCCACUCACUUUGCCAAGUUUACCCCAACACUGGUUAAGAAGUUCUUAGUUUGUGUACAGGAAGCCUACCCAGUAAAACUGAAGCAAGUCCAUAUCAUCAACGUAUCACCUCUUGUGGACAAAAUCGUCAACUUUGUGAAACCUUUCCUUAAAGAAAAGAUCAGAGAUAGGAUCUUCAUCCACGGUGACGCAAACGAUCUCUAUAAGCACUUUCCACAAGAGAUGAUGCCAUCAGAAUACGGUGGAAAAGCUGGACCCAUGGAUGACCUACACAAUGCCUGGGUAAAGAAAAUGGAGGAAUACAAGGCGUGGUUCGCUGAGCAGGAAGACGUUAAGGCAAAUGAGGCUUUAAGACCAGGAAAACCAACAAACUAUGACGAACUAUUCGGCAUUGAUGGUUCGUUCCGUCAAUUGGUCAUUGAUUAAAAUAAUUAUUAAUAAGACUUAACUGGCAACUUUUUACUGAAAUGAAGUUUUGAAAAAUUGUUGCGGUUUACUCUACAGCGUCAAGUUUUUCAUAAAAAAUAUUGCUGAUUUGCUAAAAGUUGCCAGAUUUUAUUCAUACCAGUGUCCAAUAACUAUACAUUUGCAUUUUUUGUGUCGUAUUUCUUUAAAGUAUACUUUAACAUUAAAGUGUAAAGACCGACGUACACGAUCUGUAUUUCAUUAUGUACCUAAGUCUCUGCUAUGGAUUCGCACUGUGCUUACAUAACCCUUAGAGACAGACAGUCGUUAGACAUUGUGUAACACU